AUGAACCCGGCCCCUGCCAAAAGCACCAAAUAUAGCCUCAAACGGGAUUUCCUCGAGGACGAAACCGGAAAGAAAAAUGACCGCUGCUGCGCCAUGAUCUACGCGCCCAUGUCCAUCAGAGGAGCCUUUUGA